CUCAGAUCCAUGACAAAAAGAUCUUGCAAAAUGUCCUUCUCUGGAAAAUAUGAGCUCGAGAGUCAGGAGAAUUUUGAGCCAUUUAUGAAAGCCAUUGAGGUCCCAGAUGAGCUGAUUGAAAAAGGCAAAGACUUGAAAAGCAUCACUGAAAUAGUUCAGAAUGGAAAUGACUUUAAAAUCACAAUAACAACCGGAAGUAAUGUGAUUCACAAUGAAUUUACCAUCGGACAGGAAACUGAUUUUGCAAUGAUCACCGGGAGCAAGAUCAAGUCUGUGGUGACCUUGGACGGUGCAAACAAGUUAAUUGUCAAGCUAAAUUCCGUAACAUCAGCCACUGAGCUGAGCGAAAACAAAUUGCUUGAUACACUCACUAUUGGUGAUCUCACCUACAAGAGAAUCAGUAAAAGAAUUUAAAAAGGCUGGUCCAUCACUGAGACUGUGUCUCGCCUGAGUUGUUUCAAAUAAAACAUACAU